AUGGCGAACUGCGACACCGGUUCGGUCCACUCUCAGCGACCGGACUCACGCGGCCGGUUCGGCCGGUUCGGCGGCAAGUACGUCCCUGAAACACUCAUGUUCGCCCUCACCGAACUUGAAUCUGCUUUUCACUCCCUUGCUUCCGACGAACAUUUCCAGAAAGAGCUGGCGGAGACUCUGCGGGACUUCGUAGGUCGCGAAAGCCCGCUCUACUUCGCGGAGAGGCUCACGCGCCACUAUGCGCGUGACGGCCAAGGGCCCGAGGUGUAUCUGAAGAGGGAGGAUCUGAACCACACGGGGGCGCACAAGAUCAACAAUUGA